UCCUGCUCACGCGAGACUUGGGCAAGGCGGGGGGCGGGAAGGGAGCCGGAGACACAACAAACAUGGCGGCAGCGGCUGCGACGGUGACCGAGACGGCGGCGGCGGCGGCGGCGGUGGCGCUGAACAAGGCGGUGGGGGUUACUCGGUCCGGUUGUCAGGAGACCUCUUUAUGGCUUUUCAAUUUUAGUUGAAAUUCAUUCCCUCCAUGGCCUUUGGGAGAUGUGUCUCUAGAGUAAAUUUCAAUUACUCUACAUUUCAUCAAUGUUGGAGUGGCAAGAAAAAGGAGGAACUGAUUUGGGGGGAAAAGGCAUAACGAACUGUAAACUUUAAAAAAAGCAAAGAUGGGUGAAAAGAAACCAGAGCCUUUGGACUUCGUGAAAGAUUUUCAGGAAUACCUGACUCAGCAGACCCAUCAUGUGAACAUGAUUUCUGGAUCAGUCAGUGGGGACAAAGAAGCAGAGGCUCUUCAGGGAGCUGGAACAGACGGUGACCAAAAUGGACUUGAUCACCCAUCUGUUGAAGUUUCCCUGGAUGAAAACUCAGGAAUGUUAGUAGACGGGUUUGAAAGGACGUUUGAUGGGAAGCUCAAGUGUCGGUACUGUAACUAUGCCAGCAAAGGAACAGCCCGGCUUAUUGAACAUAUUAGAAUCCACACAGGUGAGAAACCUCAUCGAUGUCACCUAUGUCCAUUUGCAUCUGCUUACGAGCGUCAUCUGGAAGCCCAUAUGCGUUCUCAUACUGGAGAAAAACCAUACAAAUGUGAAUUAUGUUCCUUUCGCUGCAGUGAUCGAAGUAACCUGUCCCAUCAUCGAAGGCGCAAGCAUAAAAUGGUACCAAUUAAAGGUACUAGGUCUUCCUUAAGUAGCAAGAAAAUGUGGGGGGUUUUACAGAAGAAAACAGGCAAUCUGGGCUAUAGCAGAAGAGCACUAAUCAACUUGAGUCCACCUUCCAUGGUGGUUCAGAAACCAGACUACCUUAAUGAUUUUACCCAUGAAAUCCCAAAUAUCCAACCUGACUCCUAUGAAAGUAUGGCGAAAACCACACCAACUGGUGGCCUUCCAAGGGACCCCCAAGAACUCAUGGUUGACAACCCUUUGAAUCAGCUCUCAACUCUAGCAGGACAGUUGUCCAGUUUGCCACCUGAAAACCAAAACCCUGCAUCCCCUGAUGUAGUUCCCUGCGCUGAUGAAAAGCCUUUCAUGAUUCAGCAGCCCUCUGCCCAAGCAGUAGUUUCUGCCGUGUCAGCAAGUAUUCCUCAGAGCUCCUCUCCCACAAGCCCUGAACCCCGGCCAUCACAUAGUCAAAGGAACUAUAGUCCAGUGGCGGGUCCAAGCAGUGAGCCAAGUGCACAUACAAGCACUCCUAGCAUAGGAAACAGCCAACCAAGCACUCCGGCCCCAGCCCUGCCAGUCCAGGACCCUCAGCUUCUGCACCACUGCCAGCACUGUGAUAUGUACUUUGCAGACAAUAUCCUUUACACUAUUCAUAUGGGAUGCCAUGGGUAUGAAAAUCCAUUUCAGUGUAAUAUAUGUGGAUGCAAAUGUAAAAACAAGUAUGAUUUUGCCUGUCAUUUUGCAAGAGGGCAACAUAACCAACACUGAUUGAAAAUAUUCAUAUUAUGUUUUACUUGGUUUUUGCCUUUUUGUGUUUUGUGGGGUUUUUUUGUCAUCCCUAAUAAGGUAUCUGCUAAUUUGAAGUUUAGACAUUACAUUUAUAGAACAUGAAUUUGACAAUGGAAAUAAAAUUUUCCCAUUUUUUUCAUAAAAUUCUGGUUAGGGUCAUUUAUAUAUUAGAACAGCUAGACAUAUUGGUGUCGCUUUUUUCUUCAUUUAGGCAUUUGAGAAUUGGAGUGCAAUCAUAAUUUUAUAGGUGUUCAUUUAAAUUUCUCACCUUUAUGGUCCAUAAGAACUUCAAGGCUUAUUCAUACUUUUGAUAUUUCAGUAUACAUUGAGCUAUAUGUUAUUUCUGCCAUAUUUAAAAAAUGAUACAAUAAAUUAUUUUCUCUUACAUAAUCUGUUACAACUUAUUUCAGUAUUUAGUAAAGAAAUUGCCUUAAAAAUCACUCUUAAUUGAAGUACUAUUUAGUUCACAUAUCUUAAGAUGAAUGAGUAGUUUCAUUUCAACUGAUAAUAGUAAAGCUAUUUCAGUGUAGUAAGUUUUCCUCUUUCCACAAGGGGAAAUGUAAAAUAGUUCUUAUAAACAUAUGAGGUGAAAGUCCUGAAAAGAAAUGAAACUUGACUUUAAAUCGAAAAUUGUGUUUAACAUUUAAAAUAUGUUUAUUCAAUUUCUAGUUUAAACAUGUCAGUUUUGCAUUGCAUCUUUAUUAUAAUUUCCAGAUGGUUCUUAAAAACCACAGGUAAAUACACUAGAAUGCUAAAUGCCUUGUUUUCUCUGUUGGAACCUUUCAUGUAAAUCCUGCAUUCUGACAUUAUUCAUGUCAGGAAAGGUUGAUAACUAUAGUGAGAAUCUGUUAUUCUUCCUGUUCCUUUGAUGACCAAAGAGGUAUGGUGGAAGUCAUUCAUCUUAUUAUUAAAAUGCAAUUCCUAAAAAAAUCUCUGAAAAUUCCUUUUCCUGCCCUCUAUCCAUUGUUGUCCAUAAAUUCCAAAACAAGGUGGGUAUAGAAACACGUGGGAAAAUGUGAUGGUGCAUUCAUAUUUAUAAAAAUGAGGAUGUGUCCAAAAUGAAUUCUGGUCUUCUUUUCCGAAUUGGCCAUUUAAAAUAUUUUCUGUGGAUUCAAAUUUUUUUAUUUGCAGUUUUACUUCAAGUACAGUGACAAAACUAUAUGGAAACUGAUUGAAUCAUUACCUUAGUAGGAAAGGAUAAAAAGGUAUGAAAAUGAAUGUAAAAUGUAUUUAAACAUGAUACUUAAUUUGUUUAUAAAAAUAAGACUAAGUAAAUCUAGAGUAAUUCAUUUUGACUAGGAGACUUGUUUUUUAUAUUGUGUACUAACUAGCUUUGAAGAGAGCUUGGUCAAACAAUAAAAUAUAUUGUUACUAA